AUACUGGAUGAUGAUGGAAUUGCUGCUCCUGGGGAAAUUAUCAGACCAAAUGACAUAUAUAUCAAUAAAGAGUCUCCCGUACAGACAAGAGGACAAAUUGUAUCUCCAAUGGGACUACCCGAUAGUCACUUUCGGCCAACCAGACAGACAUACAAGGGUCCUGAAGGAGAGGCAUGUGUUGUUGAUAGGGUUGCUCUUUCUUCUGAUAAGAACAACAAUUUGGUCAUUAAAUAUUUAAUUCGCCAUACUCGUAGGCCAGAGGUCGGUGACAAAUUUAGUAGUAGACAUGGUCAAAAAGGUGUCUGUGGCACAAUUAUUCAGCAGGAAGAUUUUCCAUUUUCUGAGCGUGGUAUUUGCCCUGAUUUAAUUAUGAAUCCUCAUGGAUUUCCAAGAUAUUUUGGAAGAAAAGGACAACCAUCACCAAGAAAACACAACAAAGAGACAAUGAUAAGAAAGUGCAAUCCAUGAUGGCACAACAAUACAAUUGCCAUUAACUCAUUAAUGCCUUAAUUGCCUCAUUUGUGUACGUUAACUUCUAUAUAGA